AGGGAAGGAGGGACACCUUGUGGUUGGAGUAUCUCAAGAUGUGAAGUAAUAGUCUGGAGUCUGAUUUUCUUUGGGAAUUGUAUAUAUAUCACGAACCUUAACAACAAAAGCAGUUAUUACUGUGCUAACUAACAUGGAGCUGAAAUGGGUACUUCUUUUGGGUCUCCUCCUGCCGUCGUGUAGUGGAUGUGCCAUUGGAUAUAAAUUUGUUAAAAACAAAUGUGUUGAUGUGGAUGAGUGUGCGAUGAUUGUGUGUGGCGAUAACUUCAAGUGUGUAAAUACAGAUGGAAGUUACCAUUGCACCUGUAAUAACGGGUUCGGAAGGACCACCGAAGCAGGACCAUGUUAUGACAUCAAUGAGUGUACAGUUCCAGAUGUUUGCGGCACAAACGCAGUCUGCGUAAAUCAUCCAGGCAGCUUCAUCUGCGAAUGUCACCCGGGUUACAGUAACUACGGCAACAACCAGUCAAAAUGCAUCGAAAUGGACUGUGAUCAGUUUAAACCUCGGCCUGAUGCAGAACACACUCCGGACAAGUUGAAGCAUUUGAUGUCACUGUUGAAGAACAGCUGUGAGUCUCUGAAUGAUCCACAGGGAGAACAUUUGACCGGGAAGGAGUUACUGGAGAACUUUUGCAAUUCCACUGAUGAUCUGCUGUCGGACGGAAACAUCGCUGACGGCGGGAUGAUGAGUCAGUUUCUGUUCGCGGUGGAGAACAGCAUGCGUCUGAUUGGACCUCAGCUUAAAGAGCCUGUGACCAGGAUGGAGACGCACAACACCUUCGCUGAGGUUGCAGUCAGGCGGGGUCAGACUCCGCCCAGUGGGCGUGUCACUCUGAGCUUAGACUCCGCCCUCUUCAACACCAGCUGGGAAACAGUAGUCGGGAAAUCAUAUCCAGGUUUUGCGUUUGUGGCGCUGGUCAGUUUUAAAGAUAUGAACUCAUCCAGUGAUCUGUUGAACAAGAUGAGCAAAUCAUCACAGGAGCAGGAGAGCAGAGAGAGAAAAAUCACUUAUCAGCUCAACUCCAAGGUGGUGACGGCCGUCGUCAGUAAUCCAGAAACCAAAGAGCUGUCUGAGCCGGUGACGAUCAUCUUUACACACGAGCAGGAGAGGGCGGAGCCUGAGGGUGUGGCUUAUUCCUGUGUGUACUGGAAUGAGGCUGAGGGGGCGUGGUCUGGGCGUGGCUGUAAGGAGGCGUGGUCUAACAGCACUCAUACAGCGUGUUCCUGCACUCAUCUCAGUAGUUUCGCUGUACUGAUGGCCCUUUAUCCCAUACAGGACUCGUUUGAGCUGGUGUUGAUCACUCGUGUGGGUUUAGUUCUGUCUCUGCUCUGUUUAUUUCUCUGUAUCCUGACGUUUCGGUUCUGCCGCACGAUCCAAGGAACCCGAAACAGCAUUCAUCUUCAUCUGAGCGUGUGCCUCUUCAUCGCAGACCUCGUCUUCCUCUGCGGGAUCUCCAGCACUCACGAUCGGGUUGGGUGUGGGAUUGUGGCCGGGCUGCUUCAUUUCUUCUUCUUGUCUGCGUUCUGCUGGAUGCUGCUGGAGGGGGUUCAGCUCUACCGGAUGGUUGUGCUGGUGUUUCACACCACAUUAAAACAUGUCUACAUGUAUGCGGUGGGAUACGGAGUCCCUCUCGUCAUCGUCAUUAUUUCUGCUAGCACCUUCCCAAAGGGAUACGGCACCGAUCGACACUGUUGGCUCUCUCUAGAUGGUUAUUUUAUCUUGAGUUUUUUCGCACCCGUCUGCAUCAUCGUCCUCCUCAACUGUUUCUUCUUCAUCAUCACUGUGUGGAAACUGGCCAACAAAUUCUCCAGUCUCAAUCCAGACCUCUCCAAACUCAAACAGAUCAGGAGUUUUACGAUGACCGCAGUGGCUCAGCUGUGUGUUCUCGGAGGGACGUGGGUUUUCGGCUUCUUCCUCUUCCAGGAGAACGGGACUGAAGUCAUGUUGUACCUCUUCACCAUCCUCAACAGCCUCCAGGGGGCGCUCAUCUUCAUCAUGCACUGCCUGCUGUCCAAACCGGUCAGGGCGGAGUAUCACAAACUGUUUGUCCGAUUGUGUCCACAUAAUGAGAAAGGAGAAUACAGUACCAGCCAGUCCAACAGCAGUCAGAAACCUCUUCGGGUCGACAACAGCACUGGAGAGUCAGAGAUAUAAACUUCUGGUGGGUUUUUACAAACUCUCGAACACUAUUGACUUUCAACGACAAACGAAGACCUUCAGCUCAACCUUUCCAGUCAGAAGAUCUUUACGUGCUUUGCAUCCGUCCGUUCGGUGAGAACGUUGUAAAUAAAUAAAUAUUGUAGCUAAUAACAGACAUUCCUGUUAAUAAUACUGACCAAUCACAGGUGUUUAAGUUACUGGUAGUGAUAAUCUGCAAUCUUUCGAAGCGCUGAAUGAGUUUGUGUAGCUUAUUUACAAAUUUUGUUUACAAACUUUGUAAACGAAGUUUACAAAUUUUACUAAAAAUAAAAGCAAAAUGUGAAAGCUAUAUUGGUAAGUGGAAACGGUUGAUGAGCCGAUACGUGUUCCUCUGCCGCCAUCUACCGGUUAUUUAAUGUCUUUUAAAAAAAUUUGUUAGUUUUCCUACAUCGUGAAACAUUUAGUUUUACAAUUGAGGACAAUAUGUAGGAUAUUUUUUUGGUCAUCACAUUAAAAAUAACAUUUAAAUUGGAUAAUAUUCAUACUUUUGAAUAAAUAUGUCAUCAGGGUGCUUCUGUCUUUGUUGUUUUUUGUGAAACUGGAUGUUAUAUCAUGCAAAUUGCAGCUUGUUUAAAAUAAUCAAUGUUGUAUUGCUUUGAGGGAGAUCUUGACAUGAUUAUGCCACUAAACGAAUGUUAAAAUAAUCCAUAAGUGAAAGGGAAACUAGCUUUACGAUACAUAAAUGAUCUGAUCUGAGAGACUGGGGUUAUUAAAUAAUACGUGAUCUUAACAGAUAGUGUCUGUUUGUGUACUAAUAUUUCUUGAGUUUAUUUUAAAAUGCAUUAAAAACAUAUUUUGUUUAAAUCA